UGGGCCAAGAGCGUCAGAAUCUCAUUUGAUCCAUAAAAACCCUAACAUGGAUCCUCCUUAUUCUUAUUUGCUCCACUCUUGAAAACCCGAAACUUUACACUCUUCUCCAAUGGCAGACGAAGCCAACAGAACUGCUUUCUUAGAGCUUCAAGGUCGCAUGAUUGAGACCACUUCUAAAUUCAAGCAGGUCCAGAACCAGAUACGAACCAAGGAGGGAGAAAAGAAGCGUGCUUUCUUAACCUUGGAAGAGCUGCGGCAAGUUCCUGAUGAUACAAAUACAUACAAAUCUAUAGGGAGAACGUUUGUUUUGGAGCCAAAGUCAGUAUUGAUGAGUGAACAGGAGCAGAAACUCAAGGAUAGCGAGACUGCAAUAUCCUCACUACAGACAUCAAAGGAAUACCUGGAAAAGCAUAUGUCAGAGGUUGAGAACAACCUGAGGGAACUUUUGCAGCAAGAUCCAGCUCUUGCUCGUCAGAUAAUGUCCAUGAGUGUAAUGUAAAUCUUGCUGUGACUGAAAGUGCAUGUUAGUCAUGUUCAAUUUCUCAUUUCAAAGGAUCAUAAAAAAAACUUUUGCGCAAUUUCUAGCUUUCUUUGUCAUGUAAUUUCAUCUAACAAGACUUGCCCAGUUGCGUUGUUGUAUGUUUGCAUAGUUUUAUUGGUUUGAUAAGAAUACUGCUCCAUCUAUCAUUUCUACUUUAUACCAGAACUUUGCAGCGAUUCACUAAA